UCUGACAAAUUCAGUUCCACUGCACAGGGAACAAUCGACGAGGUGAGAAAGAGAGCGAGAGACGAGAGAGAGAGAGCAAGAAAGGCUCUUUCCCCAACGAAUAAUGAUGAAGAAAUCGGCGAUUUAACAAUCCCGGAUCGUCUUUUAAUUGGUAACUAUGGAGGGUCGGGACUUGACCCGUUACGGCAUCCGUUUUGACGACCUCAAUCGAGUGCGAGUGAUCGACGAGGAAACCGAGAACCACUCCAGCGAUCUCCGGGACACUUGCAACGCCUUCCUGCGGGACACCACGGAAUUCCAGAAGAUUGCCGACUCUUUCAUCAAGAUCUUUGAUCACGUGUCCAAGGCCGUGGAGCAAGAAAAGAUCAGGGCUAUUGGAUCGCGGAACCUUCUCCAGACCUUCAGUAAGCAGAGGGAGAGCCAGACUCAACAAUUGGACGCACUUAUCCGGGAGAAGAAGCUAGAGGGAGAACGACUCCAGGCUCAGUAUCAAUCCUUGGUCAAGCUGGAAGCCAUGCAAAACGAAUUCAUCGAGCAAUUGAUCCUCCAUAAAUAA